GGCGAUCGGAUACUUCCUUUUUCACGCCGACAUUCUUCUCUAAUUCCAACUGACGUUCAUCGAGGUGCAAUCUGUCCGCUGCAGCAAGAAACUGAUUUAUUUACAUUCUGAAAAGGAAUCAAGAUGUUUUACACGUGUGGACCCAACGAAGCCAUGGUGGUGUCUGGCUGUGGCCGUUCUCCACCUCUGAUGAUUGCUGGAGGAAGAGUGUUUGUUAUCCCGUGUAUUCAGCAGAUCCAGAGAAUCACGCUCAACACCCUGACUCUGAAUGUGAAGAGUGAUAAAGUCUACACCCGCCAUGGUGUCCCCAUCUCGGUCACUGGCAUUGCACAGGUGAAGAUUCAGGGUCAGAACAAGGAGAUGUUGGCCACCGCCUGUCAGAUGUUCAUGGGAAAGUCUGAGGCUGAGGUCUCUCAGAUCGCUCUCGAGACACUAGAGGGCCAUCAGAGAGCCAUCAUUGCUCAUUUGACUGUCGAGGAGAUAUACCAGGACCGUAAGAAGUUCUCUGAGCAGGUCUUCAAAGUGGCCUCCUCUGACCUGGUCAACAUGGGGAUCGGUGUUGUCAGCUACACCCUCAAAGAUGUCCACGAUGAUCAGGAUUACCUUCACUCGCUGGGAAAAGCCCGUACAGCCCAGGUCCAGAAAGAUGCGAGGAUCGGAGAGGCUCAGUAUAAACGCGAUGCGGUUAUCAGGGAGGCCCAUGCGAUGCAAGAGAAGGUGUCUGCUCAGUAUAAGAACGAGAUUGAAAUGGCAAAAGCUCAGAGAGACUACGAGCUGAAGAAAGCAGCCUACGACAUCGAGGUCAACUCCAAGAAGGCCGAGUCGGAGAUGGCCUACCAGCUCCAGGUGGCCAAGACCAAGCAGCGCAUUGAGGAGGAGAAGAUGCAGGUUCAGGUGGUGGAGCGUACUCAGCAGAUCUCCCUGCAGGACCAGGAGAUCAUCCGCAAAGAGAAGGAGCUGGAGUCUAAAGUGAAGAAGCCUGCAGAAGCUGAGAAAUACCGAAUAGAGAAGUUGGCCGAGGCACAGCGCCUGCAGCUCAUCAUGGAGGCUGAGGCCGAGGCAGAGUCCAUUAAAAUGAAGGGUGACGCCGAGGCUUUCGCUCUGGAGGCUAAAGGUCGCGCUGAGGCAGAGCAGAUGGCCAAAAAGGCCAACGCCUUUAAGCAGUACAAAGAUGGAGCCAUGGUGGAUAUGCUGCUGGAGAAACUUCCGCUGAUGGCUGAGGAGAUCAGCAAGCCGAUGUCCAAAGCACAGAAGAUCACCAUGGUGUCCAGCGGUGGCUCAGAGGUGGGAGCAGCUAAACUCGCUGGAGAGGUGCUGGAAAUCAUGACCCGGCUGCCAGAAGCUGUGGAAAAACUCACAGGAGUCGAAAUCUCACAGGUAACUGGAAAGGCGUCCCGUGUGCGUUAAGAAGAGUGAUCAUCAAAGAGGUCCACGCCUCCUCCUCGAGUCUAAGUCGAAUCAGUACCAUCAUUUUCUGCCUCAGUGUGUUCAUGCACGUGUUUCCUCCUUUAUUUGGUUUCUGUUUGUUUCCCCGAUCUCUGCUGAUAUCCACCACAGAAACUUACCCGUGAGAAUUGUUUUUAUUUCUUUUGGGGCAGUCAGGUGUAACCACAGAGCCCAUGAAGUCAGAACUGCUGUCUUUAUAUAACUGAUUUUCAAUGUGCAACAUUUUGUCUUGUGAUUGUCCUCAUAAACUGUCAGUUUUCUGGUAAUAGUUCAGAGGUUACUGUGCCUUUUUAGUUUGUUACAGAAUGCAAAGUGCUUUAGCGAGUCCAGGGAGCCAGAAUUACACCUGCAGCUACAAUCCAAGGGCUGUCCAUCACUCGAAGACCUGCUGUCUCAUUAAAAGCUCCAGUGUGAAGGUUUGGUGUCGGAUCUGAUAGCUUAAAUGCAGCAAAACCUCUCCAAUUUUACGUUUGUGUAGUAUACUUUUUUUGUAAUACAUAAUAGUUGCUAUAUUUUCCAAAACAUUUGUGGAAGUCCUCUUUCUUUACCACAUUUGGUUCUGACUGUUCAUAAUGCAGAGCUAUUAUCUUAAGCAUUUGCAUGUCAGUCAUCUUAAUUACUAAACACAGCCAACAGUGUUGUUCCUUUGGUUCAAUUUACUGUCACCAAGUAUCAGUUUGUAGUGCAGGUGGAGGGAUUUCUCUCAGAAUGUCAUUGGAGGAAGUGCUCGAUGGAAACAGGUUCUGAGGUUUUAGUGUUUGAUGCAUUGAACGUUCAUGGUGGUCGGAGAAGAGCAAUAUUGUCUCUUUGCAGCAGCGUCCUUUUUGAUGUGGUUCUUAAGUUUUUCUUGCUGUAGAGACAGAAUCAUCACUAACUAACAUCACUAGUCACACACCAACUUCUGUUUUUUUUUACUGCGCUUUCAAGACUAACUGCCCAAAGUUUUGCAUCAGCAUGCCUUAUGUACUUAUUCAUGUUACCUCCAAGUGCCUGGUUAAGCCAUGUACCUCUUUAGUUAAGCAUUUUCUCUUUCUACCUGAUCAUAGGGCAUUAGCCAUCACUAUGUAAGGCUGUAUAUGUGAGCCUUGUAAAUAUUCCUCUGAGGAAGGCUUCGAAAACAUUUGUUGCAUGGCCACUUUUAACUGACAUGAAAGUAAAUCAUAUUUAGUGUGAAACUGCUUAUAUUAAAUAUUCAACAUUAUCUGUAACAAACAUUUAAUAAAGUGUUUUAAUUCACCAAAA